UCAUCGAUUAAACAUUUGAUCUCAAUACAGUUUUUUGUUCCCAAAACUAAAAUCUGCUAUGAACAGAGUGUUGUAAGUUUUGUAGACUUUACCCUUUACCAAAAAGGUAAAAAUAUUGCGUUGUUUAGAAGGAGAGCAACGAAGAAUUUAGUUAUUGCACACGCGCACUUCACGGAGUAGGCGUUCUCUAACGGAAAUAUGCAGAUAUAUGCUAGAACAGGCCAAUAGGAUCUUGCUACCCCGUGCUUUGUUCUGCCCACUAUGGCUCAUUUGUUUCCAUUUGAAACGACAGGCUGUGGUCUAUCUGGGUUUAGUUAUACACAAUCUUUGGCCACACCAUACGUUAUCAUAUCCGGUUAAAUAUAUAUCUCUGUUGGCGGGAACUGUACAGUAGUCCACAGUUGGCUGCCUAGUAGGUACUGAAUGUCUUCAUUUUGGUUGAGCUAAAAUCAUUUUUCAUCAUUGCACUUUUUCGUCAAGUGAAAAUGUCUCGUGUGCUGAACUGCAUUGUGGCUGUUUGUCCUGAUAUGGGGAUUGGAAAUAACGGGAAUCUACCUUGGCACCCGAAGAGACUCAAUAAUGAAUUUAAGUAUUUCCAGAAGAUGACAAUGACGUCUUCAGUGGAAGGUAAACAGAAUGUUGUCAUCAUCUCUGUCUGGGAUUGGUUAGGUAAACAGAAUGUUGUCAUCGUCUCUGUCUGCGAUUGGUUAAAUAAACAGAAUGUUGUCUCUGUCUGGGAUUGGUUAAAUAAACAGAAUGUUGUCAUCAUCUCUGUCUGGGAUUGGUUAGGUAAACAGAAUGUUGUCUCUGUCUGGGAUUGGUUAAAUAAACAGAAUGUUGUCAUCAUCUCUGUCUGGGAUUGGUUAAAUAAACAGAAUGUUGUCGUCAUCUCUGUCUGGGAUUGGUUAAAUAAACAGAAUGUUGUCAUCAUCUCUGUCUGGGAUUGGUUAAAUAAACAGAAUGUUGUCGUCAUCUCUGUCUGGGAUUGGUUAAAUAAACAGAAUGUUGUCAUCAUCUCUGUCUGGGAUUGGUUAGGUAAACAGAAUGUUGUCUCUGUCUGGGAUUGGUUAAAUAAACAGAAUGUUGUCAUCAUCUCUGUCUGGGAUUGGUUAAAUAAACAGAAUGUUGUCGUCAUCUCUGUCUGGGAUUGGUUAAAUAAACAGAAUGUUGUCAUCAUCUCUGUCUGGGAUUGGUUAGGUAAACAGAAUGUUGUCUCUGUCUGGGAUUGGUUAAAUAAACAGAAUGUUGUCAUCAUCUCUGUCUGGGAUUGGUUAGGUAAACAGAAUGUUGUCUCUGUCUGGGAUUGGUUAAAUAAACAGAAUGUUGUCAUCAUCUCUGUCUGGGAUUGGUUAAAUAAACAGAAUGUUGUCAUCAUCUCUGUCUGGGAUUGGUUAGGUAAACAGAAUGUUGUCAUCAUCUCUGUCUGGGAUUGGUUAGGUAAACAGAAUGUUGUCGUCAUCUCUGUCUGGGAUUGGUUAAAUAAACAGAAUGUUGUCAUCAUCUCUGUCUGGGAUUGGUUAAAUAAACAGAAUGUUGUCAUCAUCUCUGUCUGGGAUUGGUUAAAUAAACAGAAUGUUGUCAUCAUCUCUGUCUGGGAUUGGUUAAAUAAACAGAAUGUUGUCAUCAUCUCUGUCUGGGAUUGGUUAAAUAAACAGAAUGUUGUCAUCAUCUCUGUCUGGGAUUGGUUAAAUAAACAGAAUGUUGUCUCUGUCUGGGAUUGGUUAAAUAAACAGAAUGUUGUCAUCAUCUCUGUCUGGGAUUGGUUAAAUAAACAGAAUGUUGUCUCUGUCUGGGAUUGGUUAAAUAAACAGAAUGUUGUCAUCAUCUCUGUCUGGGAUUGGUUAGGUAAACAGAAUGUUGUCAUCGUCUCUGUCUGGGAUUGGUUAGGUAAACAGAAUGUUGUCAUCAUCUCUGUCUGGGAUUGGUUAAAUAAACAGAAUGUUGUCAUCAUCUCUGUCUGGGAUUGGUUAGGUAAACAGAAUGUUGUCAUCAUCUCUGUCUGGGAUUGGUUAAAUAAACAGAAUGUUGUCAUCAUCUCUGUCUGGGAUUGGUUAAAUUAACAGAAUGUUGUCAUUUCUGUCUGGGAUUGGUUAAAUUAACAGAAUGUUGUCAUUGUCUCUGUCUGGGAUUGGUUAAAUUAACAGAAUGUUGUCAUUGUCUCUGUCUGGGAUUGGUUAAAUUAACAGAAUGUUGUCAUCAUCUCUGUCUGGGAUUGGUUAAAUAAACAGAAUGUUGUCAUCAUCUCUGUCUGGGAUUGGUUAGGUAAACAGAAUGUUGUCAUCAUCUCUGUCUGGGAUUGGUUAAAUAAACAGAAUGUUGUCAU